CGAUGUUUGGACUUUGCGCAACUUGAUCCUUGUAUCAACAUCCCCCUCGAACGCUUGAGGGGCUGCCAUCUUUCUUUUUGAUUUGGAUGUGCUAUCGCUUAGCAUGAAGAAAUUUCAAGGUAAACAAACCUUAGCAGUGUAAAUAAUCAGCUUGUAAUCACGUAUUUAUUUCAUCGAACAAACUAUGGUAGUUCAAGGUAUAACUCCGUGUUCAUCUGGCACUAGUUGACGGCUCUCAAAUAUAGAUUUGCAGCACCUAAAACUGAGCGGCUUGAAAAAGAAAAAAAAAGAAAUGGGCAGCUGAGCCCAGGACAGCUGACAACAACGGAUCGGAUAAUAUUAUUCAUAUUUCGGCUCUGGAGGACUUCCAAUUCUGUGUUUUGUUUCUGCGAGUGAUCUCAGGCUUGCCGACGAACACUCAACAGUACUGCUUUCGAGAUGGAUUCGGGAUUUGUGAUGGAGAAGUGCUCGGAUUCAACUCUGGACGUAUAAAUUUUCGUGAGCCGCUCCAGAUAGACGCCUCGGAUAUCAGGCGUGGUAAUGUUUGACUGGGAAGAAGGGGACCGAUUUUCCUUCGAGGACAGCGACCGUUUUGAAGAAGAUUCUCUAUGCUCCUGGAUCAGUGAGCCCGAAAGUUUGUGCAAUAACUGGAGAGGUUGGAAACGACCGAAUGGGAACCCAUCUCACGCUGCUGCCCACGGCGGUCAUUGUCGUACCAAAGCAUCUGAAGGAGGUCAGGUGUUGCCUCUGGUGGAAUUGGUUGCCCGAGAGGUAGCAGCACACAUUCCCUUCGAGGUUGUGGAGCAUGUCUACCCCCCAGUGCCCGAACAGCUCCAACUGCGAAUUGCAUUCUGGAGCUUCCCAGAAAAUGAGGAAGACAUACGGUUAUACUCAUGCUUGGCUAAUGGAAGCCCAGAGGAAUUCCAAAGAGGCGAACAUCUUUUCAAGGCUAAAGCAACAAAGGACUUGCUUCAGAUUGGUUUUCACCUAAGCGCAACUGUGCAUACACCUCAGAGCCUGUCAGUGUCCAAGGGGUCAUACAAUGUGGCAGUAACAUUUGAUCGUUGCCGUAUCACCUCCUGCAACUGCACUUGCAAUAGUACUGCAUCGUGGUGCUCCCAUGUGGUUGCUGUAUGUCUCCACAGGAUACACCAGCCCAAUCAGGUUUGCCUCCGAGCUCCUGUGUCGGAAUCUCUGUCCAGGUUGCACAGGGAUCAGCUCCAAAAGUUUGCACAGUACCUCAUCAGUGAACUUCCCCAACAGAUAUUGCCUACUGCGCAAAGGCUACUGGACGAGCUUCUGUCAAGCCAGCAGACGGCCAUCAACACCCUGCGUGGUGCUCCAGAUCCAACAGCUGGUGCGUCAGCGUACGAGCAGACAACAUGGUGUCUGGAUGAAGCAACACUCCACGAGAACAUCCGCAAAAUCUUGAUCAAGCUCUGUCUGCCAUCACCCAUUGUCUUCAGCGACGUUAACUACCUGUCAUCGACGGCUCCACCGGCCGCGUCGGAGUGGUGCAGCCUACUGCGACCACUGCGCGGACGCGAGCCGGAGGGAAUGUGGAACCUUCUGUCAAUUGUGCGAGAGAUGUUCCGAAGAGCGGACCGGAAUUCUAUUCCUCUAUUGCAAAUACUCACGGAAGAAGUGCUGGCAUGUGAACAGAUUCUCUGCUGGUGGUUCAAUACCAAGGUGUCUUUGCACACGGGCUCUGGUGGACAUGGGGGACGUGGGAGCGUCCACAGUAACACUCAUUCCUCUCAGCAUGCAUGCAGCAGCCUCUGCGAUGAGAUUGUGGUGCUCUGGAGGCUAGCAGCCCUCAAUCCUGCACUUUCACCACAGGACCGGCGAGCCUUCUUUGGCCAGCUGAGCGAGUGGCACGUGAAGACCCUAGAACGUGUGUGCAAAGUGCGUGCCACUGGGAAUGGCAACGGCACAGUAGGGGGACCUGGUGGCCCCAGUGUAGCCAGGAGAUCAGACUUGGAAGUGUUUCCUGGAUUCAAGCCGGCCCUGGAAGCGUGUCUUCUGGACUGGACGGACUAUCCGAUUGAGAGCGUCACCUACGCUGAAGGUGGAGCUUGUAGAUGGUAUUCUCCAUACAUGCACACCCGCCUACUGGAGCACAACUCCAGAGAACAGAGUGGAGGCAGUGGAGACUCAGUCGGAGGGGACCAUACUUCUAUGGCGUGCAGAAGGGGGCGUGCCGUUGAUGUGGGCUCUGGCACUCACCUGCCAGAGCGCAAACCUACACACGUGUUAUGUAGUACUGGGCAUCAUCAACUGUUUCCGUUAGUUGCAGCUGCACAAGCCGCUCAUGAAGCAUCUCACGGAGGGGGAAGCAACCGCAGUUCCCUGAGUUCGGAAGGAUUCUGCGAGAAUGAAAACGACGGCGGAGAGUUUGUUUUACCCACUGUAGCAGACUGUUCGAGGGCUUACGACGCAGCCAUGAACUGCAGCAGUACUCCGAAAGGCAGUGCAACCUUAACACCUUCUGGCUUGAGCGACCUAGAGGGCGCUGGUGGCGAGAAACUCUCGUCACCAGAUGAGGCUGACUCAGAUUGGUCUGGCCCACGCGAUGGAGCUCCGGCGGGAGACAACGGGAUGCUGAGAGGUGAGGAACGCGGUCAAUCUGGUGAUGAGUGUUACAUAUACUACUUCAACCCACAAGCCAAGGCAUCUGCGACUCCCGAGAAGCACAAGGGUGAGGGCAAGCAAGGUGACGCAGAAAAGCUGCCAGUGCAAGUCAAGAAGAUUGAGGAUCAGUUUGAGAUCCUGUUUGCCAGGGCGGAAGCUCUGCACGCACAUGGUCACACGCAGGAGGCCUGUAAGCUGGCCGUACGCCUGGCUGAGGAACUCCUAGUUCAUCCUCCGGUAUUUGAGGUGGAAGGCAGCACGUCAACUCCACAAGUAGGCAAAGGAGCAGGGAAUCGCAGAAACAGGAGAUUCAGCCCUGCUUGGCAUCAGGUGAGUUUGCUAGCCUCGGCAACUUUAGCCAAAGCUGCAUUCCUCUGCCAAGUCUUGGGGGAGAACCAGGAGCACCAUCACCUGGCCUUCAGAAUCGGACUGUUUGGUCUAGAGAUGGCACGGCCUCCGGCGUCUACAAAAGCUCUCGAGGUCAAGCUGGCCAACCAGGAGCAAGACUUGGUCCUACUGCUUAAAAAGAUUCCGCUAGGAGACGCAGAACUCAAUGACAUCCGUGAGAAGGCAAAGGCGCUUUGUGACCACAGGCUCCAAUCGCGCGGAGAUGCAUUGCUGCCCUUGAUGUUGUCCAGCUAUAUAUUUGAUGCCUUGGUGCUUUCCAAAAACAACACUAAAGGAGCACCAAACCCUGGUACUAAGUUGCCAUCAGAUGAGAUGCUUGGAUUUGAAGCUGCCGUUGCUGCUUUAGGUUUGAAAGCCAACGUUUCAGAAGCAGAACAUCCUUUGCUGUGUGAAGGAACAAGGAGGCAGCGUGGAGACUUGAGCAUAACUUUGCUCGUUGUCUACAAGGACGAUCAAGAGAAACUAGCUAAGAUUAUGGAUAAGUUACUGGACAAGGAGGUACACCAGAUGUACAAGAGCCCACCUCCCAGCUUCUAUUACAGUUCUUCGACUCCACCAAUGGCUAGUACACCGUCCACAGCCGACAGCAUGGCUGCCACGCCCCGGAGCAGUGGCCAAGCAGAUGACCAAGGCAGCAGUGCUGGGUCUCUGGCUGGGUCCAGUUCAAGCAAUGGAAAUGGCUCUGGAAAGGGUGGACAUGCAGGACAGGAUGGAGGGGCAGAUAAAGAAGUGUCUCACGAGCCUGGGGAGGAUUAUGGUGCUGGGGGAACGGGCGAAUGCUUAGGUGCACAUGCAGAUGGACAGCCGCCUCCUGGAGGCCAGACAACCAUGCCAGAACAUGGCAAUGGGGCUCGAGCAAAGGUGUCACAUCGCCACGGAAGCAGGUUUUCUGGUGAUACUGGAGAUCGUAGUGAAGGUGCUUCAAGCCCUGGCUGGGAAGAAGACUUCAAAGCGUGGGAAGCCAAGUUUCGGUGCACCAAUUUCAGGACUACCAAAAAGCAUUCUGCUGGGAUGGCAAGUAUUGACAGCAGCGCUCCUGAAACGACAUCAAGUGACAACUCUCCAACUGUGGUGCGCCGUAGUACAUGGGGUCGCCCCUGUGGUCCAGGCAGUGACAGCGGCAGCAGCGGUGAAAGUAGCGAUUCUGUCGUCUCUAGUUCAUCGGGAGACAAAGCCACCAGGACCAAGCCUAGGGAUGCAGACAGCCCACCACCAGCUCUGGCCUUGUGUGCGGCAUCAUCUUCCAACUCUCGUUUCCCCGGGUCUCUCGUGGGAGAGGCAAGCCGGGGAGUGUCAGGAGUUCGCCCUGGCCCACCUCCCAAGCCUCCGAGCCGACUGAAGGGCAAGAGGGCCUGCCCGAGCCUUCCCAACCAGCCGAGCGAGGCAUCGGCCCACUUCAUGUUCGAGCUAGCCAAGACUGUCCUGACCAAGGCCGGUGGCAACUCCAGCACGGCGGUUUUGUUCACCCAGCCCUCGGCCAGCCAGAACCACCGGGGGCCUCACAGGGCGCUCCACAUGUGUGCCUUCCAGAUUGGACUUUACGCCUUGGGGCUACACAAUGCUGUAUCUCCCAACUGGCUCUCUCGAACCUACUCUUCUCACGUUUCUUGGAUCACAGGUCAAGCUAUGGAGAUUGGUAGCAGUGCACUCAUGUUCUUGAUGGACACAUGGGAGGGUCAUCUGACCCCACCCGAGGUGGCGUCCCUGGCAGACAAGGCUUCUAGAGGACGCGAUCCAGCUAUGGUGCGAGCAGCAGCGCAGCUGGCCCUCUCUUGCUUGCCACAUGCCCAAGCACUCAACCCCAAUGAGAUCCAACGUGCGCUGCUGCAGUGCAAGGAGCAGUCUCCCUCGCUGCUUGAACGAGCUUGCCUUGCAGUCGAGUCUGCUGCCAAGGAUGGCGGUGUUUGUCCGGAAGUACUGUUUGACGUGGCCCGCCGCUGGUACGACUUGUACGAAGAGAGCCAACAAGGCAUUGGUGACCCUCCCGUUGUGCAAGAUGGAGGACCCCUGGACGCUAACUUGCAAGUGUCACUGGCCGCACCAAUGGGCCCCUCUGUUCCCACUUCGGAAAGUGGAGCCCCCGAGACGCCACCCCUCUUCGUGGUAGAGGGUCUGGCACCCACACAGCCUCAACUCUCGGUCGUUCCACCCCUCUCCUAUCCUCUUCCAUACCGUGCACCUCCUUACCCUUACCUCGGUGGUGUGCACUCUUUCCACCACCCCCAUCUGUCUGUACAAUAUCACCCAGCCUACCUGCCAGGUCCACCGGCGUACCACUACCCCACACUGGGCAAUCAUGCGCAGUUCUACGCUGCCACCACAGCAGCCAGGCACGUGCCACCCCCUCCUCCCCCCGUGUACACCCACCAGAUGAUAGGCGUCCACAUGGCCCCUGUCGCGAGGGCGGUGCUUCCCAUGGCUCCGCCUCCUCCGGCUCCACCUCCAACGGCUGUUGGACAAGCACAUCAGGUGCAGAAUUCAAUAUCUCAGCUGAACCAGACACAGCUCAACUACCUCUUAUCAGCAUAUCGUGUUGGUCUGCUUGCCAUGGAGACCCUGGCUCGCAGGGUGCACGACGACCGACCUCAAGCAAAGUAUGCCCGCAAUCCCCCCUACGGGGAAGAUGUCAAGUGGCUCCUCCGGGUGGCAAAGAAGCUUGGCACCUCCUACUUACAAGAGUCCUGCACCUGCACAGUGAACAGUGUAGCCAGCCCCUUUGUGUUAUACGAGAUUGUGGUAGACACAGCUCAUCACCUUGCACGUUCUGGCUCCACUGCUCUCUCAGUGCCUCUUCGAUCUCACGUCCUCACACCUCUUAUUCCUCUCAUUCAAAAGUGCCAGCAAAUGUUCAUCGCAUGCACCCACACCAAGAUGUAUCACAUCACACCAGCCGAGUACGACGAGUUCAUCAGCAUCCUGCGGAAUGCUCGAGAGGCAUUUCUGCUCACUCCUGGGGGUAUGGCACAGUUCAUGGAGCUGGUGCAGAGCUUGCGGCGUUCCAAGUCAUGCAAGAAAGAGCUGUGGCAGCGCAUCACCAAUGCCGUGGCCACCAACCCUCCCACCAUAUGACGGCACGACGGCCUUCUAGGUCGUACAAAUUGAAAAAGAGAUCCUCUUCAGUUCCUUGCACGUGCAACUUUUUCCCAUUUUAACUGAAACCCGCAUUGUUUCAACAUGUCUCCCUUCUGUAGUGAGCGUGUGUGGCGCACACAAGCGACAGCGUGAACACACAGUUUUAUUUCGUGGCAACAGUAUUCGCUGGUUAUGCUCCCUUGCGUUGUCCACUUUUACUGUACAUAGAUGUCUCGACCUUGCUCAAGAACAUGACUAAAGCUGACUCUGAGGGAGGAAAAGUGUUUUUUCCCCCCAUCUUUUUUUUUUUUUGAGGAAAUAGUUUGUUAAAAUGCCUAUCUUUUAUUCAAGGGUGAAUAUGUUUUCUCGCUGAGCCGGUUGCACUGCACGUGGGUUCAGAACCGCAUCAAUGCGAGUGUACAUUUGUGUGUCAACUUCAUUAACGCGAAGGAGUAAAAAAAGAUAAAACCUUGUAUAACAGCAAAGCACCGAGGCGUGCCACUCAACGGGAAGAUCGUUUUCACUUCUCACCUGUACAUUCUUCCACUAGGGGCUCAUCGUGCCUCAACUGAGACAGUCUCAGCCGUUCACAUUCUGCUAAAUCUUAUAGAUCAUUGUACCAUUUGAGACAUCCUCAUCAUUUUGCCUGGUGAAAAGUACACCAUGCUGUAACCACAACAGAGUGUGGAAAGGAAAUUCCAGCCAACCUGAAUUGUGCAGGAGAAGCCCUUCAUCUUGUGUGAGAGGAGAAAGGUAAAAACUGCAAGGCCAGUGCUUCUCAAUUGCAGGAUGAAGCAGGUUGAUAUAGAGUGUAGACUAGCACAGAGUGUCCUCUGCGCACUCUUAAGGUAUUUUUUGACCGUAUCAGUGCUCAAGUUUGUGCAGUUUCUUUUUUCGGUCGUCUGGUGAUGUUCGUUACUCUCCAUUGUUGUCUGUUGUUGUUGUUGUGGUGAUACAUAUGUUCGAAGUAUUUCAUAGUGGACCUUGGAUAGACUCUUUGUUUUGUUCAUUGCUGCUAUUAGUUACGUGGACAUAUACAUACUCAUACCAUGCAUGUGAGUGAAGUCCAUUUGCACACAAGUAGUGUUGGCGCGCCAUCUUGUUUCGUGUCGUACUUCGUCAUUCGGCAGCAUGGUGGGCGGAAGCGCUUGCCCGUGCUGCACAUGUAUUUUCACACUUCCCCGGUUAGCCAUUUGCCUCGAAACAUUUUGGCACUGCUAUGUGUUAAAACUUCACACUUCCACAGGGGGGUCUUGGUUCAGAAGCUUCACUUAUUGUGGAUAGUAUUUCCUUAAAAUAAAGAGUUUAGCUAAAUUUGGUACUAAAACAGAAAACUGGGAAUAGUUGAAGGAACAGAUUAAGAAUACUUGUUGAUUGGUUUCACAAGAGAUUAUCUUAUGACUUACGAUUUUCCUUCUUUUUUUUUUUUUUUUAAUACAUGUGGUAGGUUUGCCUUUGUGCCAAAAAGGCUAGCAUGACAGCACAGCAGUGUUUAUUUUGUAAUUUUCAGGAUUCAGCAGGAUUGCAUCCCGUCCACAGGUCUAUCCUUUCACAGUCUGCUGAUCAUGUUUUGUCUGGUUGCAUUUGCAGAAGGGGAAAAGUGUAAAUGUAAAAUGCAUGCAUGUUUUGCAAUGUUCAUGAUGAAUCUAUGUGCAGGACCUGCAUUCAAUGUGGUUAUGUGAUACAACUUAUUUAUAAACUUCUUUAAUCCGUAUGCUUAUCCCCCUUUUGCUACCAGCUUGAAACAUGCUAGCGCAUAAUUGACUCUCUUGUCAUCUGUCGGUGUCUUAGAGUCUCAUCUUAGAAUAAAUUUUUCUAUGUUA